UAAGGUCCUCCCGUGUCUUGUGGUACCUUGUCUAAUGUUGUAUUCCUUGUGUUUUCUAGACUAUGGUGUUUCCUGUUUUUGUAGUUCUUGUUCCCUGUGUGUCUGGUUCAGUUUUUCUUCCUGCCCUUGAAUGUUCCCUCCUUGUUGAUUGUCCUCACCUCUGCCUUGUUGGUCUCACCUGUGUCCUGUUACUCGUUACCUAGCGUGUAUAUAGUCUCUGUGUUUUCCCCCUGUCUCUGGUCAGAUCAUUCUCUACCCUACCUGCAGCUACCUCGUGUUUCACAUGUUACUAGUGUUCCUGUGGUUCCAGCGUUUUUUGUUCACGCUCAGCCAAUGCCCUGUUGCUGCAUAUUCAGCCAGAAGGUGUCACUCCAUUUAUAAAGGCUUCGCUCAGUGUUUGAUGGCGCUCGGUGACAGUCUGACAGACAACGCCCGCAAGGAUGAAGACACACAUGAGAUACACUCAAUCUGCAGAUCCUGGGAUGAGUUUCACGACUGCGCUAACGUGGCCAUGGCCGGCUGUCCAGAUGAAGCGGCAGCUGUCUGGGAAUCUCUGAGACAAGAAUCUAAGAAGAUGCAGUUCUCUGGAAAUCUGUACGACAUGUGCUCCAACCGCAACAACCACCCAGCUGCCUCGGUCUCCCCGCGCGGCUCACCCACCAAGGAGGAUAUCAACCAGGAGUCUCUAAGAGGGAGCGCUGAUCUGCUGGCCCGCAGCCUCCACCUCCUCAUGCUGCUGUCUCCUCCUCUGGUGCUGUUGUUUUUUAUAUAGCUAUCCCAGAGAUGUGGGACUAGUGUGAAUAUAUAAAAACUUUGUGCAUUUUUCUUCCACAAAUCCAUAGACUUGUUUUUUUCCUCUGCUUUGCCAGAGGCUGAAUAUUUCUAACUGCAUGUUCAGAGGUCCAGCAGUCUUUUUGGUGAUGUAUCUUUAAACUGCUUGUGCCGCGUCAUGCAUAUUCUCAUGCUUUUAAUUAAUCUCCAUUAGAAACAAAUAUAAAAUGCAUCACAGAUACACAUCACGCUGCAAACAGGCUAACAGCACAUUCAUUAUUCAACAGAAAACAGCAGCCCCAUGUUACUGUCUUUAACCCUGCCUCCUUAUCCCCGUGUUGUAGAGGAGCUCAUAUACGACAGCUCCACGGAGAGUGUGUCUCAGAUUUAUAGGAGAGGAAAUGAUUUCAUCCUUCAUGUAAACAUGACAACUAAAUGACAGAGACCAAAUUCACAGACUAUCUGAGCUCUCUUGUUUAUUAUCUUUCAAGUAAAGCAUUUGAUAAUGGUGUAAAUCUUACCACCUGGUUUGAUAGCUGCAGCUUUCCUUCACUACAAAGAGGAAAAGUAGCAGGUGAGAUCUUCAAGAUUAGACAACGAGGUUAGAGGAAAACAGUCCAGAUGUCCUCAAAUAAUAAACACAAUAUUUUCAUUAUAUCUGUAUACAUAUAGCACAGUAAAUCAAGCUGUUCUGGGGAAGUGGAUCCCAAAAAUAAAUGACUUCACAGUG